AUGCUGUGGAUGAUAAUUGAGUUAAUUCACGCUUUUAAGCUAUACCCAACAGAAUGAUCAGGAGGCUACUACAAGGAAGGGCAUAUUUGCAAGCCUUGCCACAGCUCAUGCAAGGAGUGAGACAACUCGUCUCAAUGCACAAGUUGAGAAGAGUACAUGUUCCUUGACUUAGACACUCAUUUGUGACAAAGGUGACUUGAAGGCUACUACUAUGACAAUAUCGGUGAGCAAUGAAGAGAAUGUGAUGAAAGCUGUACUGGGCAGUGAAUGGCUCAACAAAGUUGCUUUGAAUGCCCAGUUGGACGAACAUUUAGUUUAGAGAUGCUCGAGUGUAUAGAUGAAUGUAGAGGUGUUAUUUUAAAUGAUGAUCAACUCAAUUUACCUAGCGUAUGUAGAAAUUAUGGAGUUGAUAAUACUUCACUUGAGUAUUAUGUAGAUCCUCAGAGUAAUCAACCAAUUGAAUUAGGAACUCUGGAGUUUCCUUAUCGCUCAUUCAAAUCAGUGAACUUUGAAAUUGCCAAGUUCUUCAGUCACUCUAACAUAUCAGUCAUCAUUUACACUAAAGAUGCUUACAUUGAAGAUGGUACUAAUCGUUAUUUAAACCUAACUUCGGUGUCAAUUGUUGCUCAUCCAACCUACAAUUACUUAACCUAUCAGCCUAUUCUUAUUCCUACUGCAGUUCCUCAACCCUUCAUCUCUGAAAAAUCCUUGCUUCAUUUAAUAAACAAGGUAGAUGCAUCUUUGGAAGCCUCCAUUAUUACUGCUUUCCAAAACGGAGAUUUCAGUGAUUACGAAGAAAGUUUAUUUGAAGAUCCCAAAACUACCAUCUUACCUAUCAUGACCUCCAUAAUCGUUAAGAACAUUGAUAUCUACAGAGAGGAAACAGAGCCAGAUUCCUUGCUUAAGUUUAUUAUGUUAGGAAAUCUUCAAACAAAAGUUAUGCAUAUUGAGAAUGUAAACCUAAACAUUACAGGCUCCUUUGCUAAUAAUCAGAGAUCAGCAAACAUUAGGUUUGAAAACAUCAAAAUUGAUCUUGUCAGGUUUGAUGUUCUUUAUUACUCUGAUUUUUUAUUCUGAAAUUAUCCAGAAGCAAUCUUGAACCCAGAGCUAUUUGCCCAGAACAUUUCAAUGGUUAACACUAAUAUUUAUAAUGGAAGAGCACCUUAUGACAUUCUGAGAAUGAGCGAUAUUGGAAAUAUUACAGCUAUAGAUAUUGAUUGCAGAAAUCAUUAUAGCUAUGCUGAAGCUCCGAAUGGAUGCCUUGGAUAUACAGUAAGACCUUCAUGAUUACCAGAUGACGGGAGAAAGCAUAUUAACAUGUUUAAAAAUGUGAAUCUUGAUUUUAUAUCGCCUUCUCCUAACUAUAUCGUUUUAAAUGCUAUUGCAGCAAACACACAGCACUAUAGACAUGAGCAUCUAGAUGUAGAUGGUCUGUCUUGAGAAAAUGUAAGAGGCAGUAAUCCUUAUACUGUUGUUGGAAUGAUAGGAACUUUCCUUGAUACUUUAACGAUGAAGAAUAUGGUCUUUAGGAAUUCAACAAACACUGGCUAUCUUUCAGGAGGUAUGACAAUUUUAAGUCAAGAAAUUACUAAUGUGACCUUUAUUGAUACUGAUGAGGCAGUUGGCCACUCUAUCGGAUGACCGCUAUGAAUUAAUUUUGUUGCUAAAGAUAUCAAAUACAUUAACUAUAGAAUUUCAUCAUUUACAAGGGCUCCAUCUAUCUUUACACAUCCUCUCAAUAUCUCCACUAUGGUAUUUGAUCAUUUCUACAUCGAGAAUUCGUACUUUCAGCUAUUUCCUUUUAUUUAUGCUCCAGAUGUAGCUGCGAUGAUUCAGAUUACUAACAACUAUUUCAAUAGGACGAAUCUAGAUGGCUCAAAUUCCUUCUUCAGACUUACUCAAGCCACUAAUUUUGUUUUCCAGAACAAUACUUUAUUAAACUCAGGAGCGUUAGAUGAAAAAGAUUUCACUAUUUUUAUUGAUAUGCUAUCUCUAAAUCUUCAGUACAUGGAUGUGGCUGUGAUUGAUCAAAUCAGAUUCAUCAACUCUUCAAGCUCUUUCAUGAUGAUUAGCAGCAUUGUUGGAGAGACUGACAUUGAGAAAAUACUCGUGGCUAAAGAUAUAUCGUAUACUGAUUGAUUUAUCAGCCAUGCAAACCCAUUAAUUUCAACCCAGAGACAGAUUACUAACAAACCAUACACCUUAAAUUUGAUUUCUGUUAGAUUCAGCAAUGUUCAAUAUAAGAGUAAAGGUGACAUUAUAAGGUUAGGCCAUCAACUUAAAACUCCAAUUUCUAUUGUAAAUCUGACUGUGAGUCAAGUCACAUCUGGGAGGAUAAACACAGAAUCAUACUUAACAUCUUCAAAUACUUUGCAAACUAGUACAAAUAUCCAAGGGAUAACUGUAGAUAGAGUUUAUCUAAAGUUUCUGUCUUUCAUUAGAACAGGCUUUGGCUCGACUUUAGAUAUUGAACAGUCAUCUUUCACUAACAUUGAGAGCGUUUAUUUGGACUCUGGCAUUUUUAGCACUGAGUCUAAUUCUCAGGUCAAGAUCGACAAUGCCUUGUUUCAGAAUAACUCAGGAGCAUCUGCAAUUGUGUUUAAGAUUAAAGAUAGUUCCACAUUGACAUGAACCAACUGAACUUAUUUAAACAACUUUGCACUUUCAAACGGAAUUAUGUCAACUGUUACAAAUGGAAAGUUUAUAUUUAUUGAGAACAACAUUUUCCAUAAUUAUGCUCUUGAGAACUCUAUUGGAGAAAUCUUUGCAUUUAACGAAGUUUCUAUUAUUCAAAGAUCCAAUAUUUAUCAGAAUCUGGCAAUUUCUAAUUCUGAUUUUGAAUCUGAGCUACUAAAUUGCACUAACCUGUGAUUUCUUGGAGAAUACUUUAAAGACUAUUUGGCCUCUCUUGAUAAAUCUGCCUUAGCUUAUUCUAAUGUAGCUAUGCAGGUGUUAUUUGGACAAUUGCUAAUUAAAGACUCUUCACAAAUAUAUCAGCAGCAAAAGUUUGUGAGUGCUUAUGAGUCAAUUGUCAGAGUUCAGGACUCCAGUGUUUCAGAUAUUACCUUGAGCAGUAGUAGCUUUGAAAUCAUCAACUCAGACUUGAUAUUAGAAAAUGCAACUUUUUCAAAUAUCAUGAACCCAUUAGAAGUUGUAUUCAUUCUAAUAUCAUCUGAUAGCAAUGUCAAUGUCACCAGUGCAACUCUAAAAGAUUCUCAGACUGCUUUAUUUUCCAUACAGUCUUCAAAUGCAACUCUUCAAAAAAUAAGCUUUGAGAAUGUGACAGCUUCAAUCUCCCUUAUAGAGGCACAUGUUGGUGGUCAGUUUGUGAUAAAUAAUCUUUCAUUAUUGCAAUCCUCUGCAGGUCAGCAAAUGUUGCUUCUUGAAAAUACAAACAUGAUAUCUCUGGAGUCAAUAGAAGUGUCUAAUUCAGAAAAGUCUCUCUUUAAAGCUUUGGAAUCCAACUUUGAAUUGAUUAAAAACGUCUCAAUCAUAAAUAGCACACAUAGUGUUGAAAUUUUAGACUCAGCUGUUUCCAAUAUGACAAACUGCACUUUUGAAAAUAAUGGCAAUUCAUCCACAGCCAAAGGUGGAGCAAUUAAAAUGACUGAUUCCAUGAUAACAAUAGCCAAUUCUACUUUUAUUUCAAACCAAGCUUUCAAAGGAGGUGCGAUUGCAUUUGAGUGUUCAUCCAGACAAAAAUGUAAACUAGAUAUUUCUGGUUCAAACUUCUCUAACAAUAUUGGUUAUGAAGAAGGAGGAGCUAUCUAUUAUAACUAUCAACCUCCAACAAUGCAUCAAACUAUAUUCUCUAACAACUCAGCCUCAUAUGGUCCAAAUUUAGCGAGUUACCCAUAUAGAAUUGGAUUGAAGGGGAGUACAACUUUAGAUCCAAUAUUGCUACAAGACAUAGGAUCUGGUAUUCUUGGAGAUGCAUUAGAGUUAGUGCUUUAUGACUACAAUAAUCAAGUUAUGAACUUAGAUAGCACCAGCCAGCUUGUGAUCACAGCUGCUUCUGGAAGUAAUGGAACUAUCAAAGGAACCAAUACUGGUAUUGUAAAAAAAGGAGCAGUUGUAUUAGAUAGUAUAUAUUUUGUUGACAAGCCAGGAACUAGUUCUGUCAAAUUUAAAGUCUCGUCAAAGACAUUAAAUACCAAGAAGAUAUCUGAUAUUUAUAACAGAUCAUCUCCAGAUACAGAAAUCAUUGCAAACUUUAGGGACUGAAAGCCUGGAGAGCAACAUCUUGGAGAUCAGUGAUCCUCUUGAUCAACAGGGACAUAUUCCUUACAGUGGAACUCCAGACAAUGAGAUAAAUGAGUGGACAAUGUUGUUUGUGAAGGGAAACAAGAAAUCAAAGUAAGUCCAGGAUACUGGAGAAGGACAUCCAACUCCACACAAAUUGUCCAAUGCCUAAAUGAAGAAGCGUGACAAGGAGGCUAUGUUGGAGAAUCCGAGUCUCCAACUCAAUGAAAAACAGGCUACGAAGGUCCAAUGUGAUCCAAAUGUAGUAUCAUCGAUGGAGAUAAGUAUGAGAGGCAAAAUGAGUUUAUGUGUAUAAAAUGUCCAACACCUAUCAUUAACGCUCUUAGAAUUGCAGGUCUAUUAUUCUUAAUCUUCUGCUACUUUAUGGCUCUAAUUGUGUUGAAUAUCAGAAAGACUGAAGAGAGUCAAGUAUCAGUCUUGCUGAGAAUUCUCACCAACUACAUGCAGCUAAUCACUACAUCUAUGUCGAUGACUCUGAGUUACCCAAGCUUUCUGGAUUCUAUUACUGGUCCUCUGAAACGAUUGGGAGGUUCCUCUGACACAUUUUUGUCCUUCGACUGAUUUAUUACAGAUUAUGAAAUCAAGGGUUCUUUUGAGUCAAAUGAAGUUUUCAAGCUUUUCUUAACGAUAUUUCUACCAGUUGUAUUAUUUGCAUUUAUAGCAGCUUUAUGGGUAGUGAUGCGACUCUUCAGCAAGAAGCUUGUUCCUAAUUUGACAAGAAAUCUAGUUAUCUCAUUCAUCAGUAUUGUUUUCCUUCUUCAUCCAAGACUCACUCAGACAAGCAUCAAUACAUGGAGAUGAGUCAAUAUUGAUACAGGAGUUGAUCUGGCACGGUUUGACAUGAACAUUGAGUGAUAUUCAGCAUCACAUCUCAAAUAUUGUUUCCUGAUUGCCCUUCCAAUUAUGAUCAUCUGGGUAAUUUCAAUGCCUGUCAUUGCCUUCAUAUUGUUAUUCAAGGUCAGAAAGUCAGGGAAAGAAAACAAAAUCAAGCAAUAUUUCUUGAUUCUGUAUCAAGGGCUUACUCCUGAGUGUUUCUACUGGGAGUUUGUGAACACUAUCAGGAAAGGAAUAGUGCUAACCUGUCUGCUCCUUCCAGAAACUGGAAGAAUUGUCUUAGCUUCAAUUACUUUGGUAGUCUCAGGGAGGAUUCAGAUGAGUUUGAAGCCAUACAAGAGGGACAGUAAUAAUCAAGUAGAGUUCUUAGCAAUCAUGGCUGGAGUGGUGACCAUUCUGACUGGUCUUGUCUUCUUAGAGCAGAAUUCUGUAGAAUCCUUAGAUGCAUUUGUCUUGUUUAUUAUUUGAGCUGUCAAUGCUGCAUUUAUACUAAACUGGACAUAUCUAUUCACUCAAGAGUUCGAAGAAAAGUACAAGCUAGCUAAGAUAACAAAUAUGAUUGGAUGUAUGCUUUGCAAAAGAAAGUCAAUGAAACCUCAAUCAGCCUUACCUUCCGCACCCAAGCAAUCCAACCCAGCUAAAAUCCAAAACUCCUCCAAAUCAGAUCUCCCCAUCCCUUCUCUCCCUCGCCAAAGAACCCCUAAACGCCUCUUCAAACCUUCUCACAACCGCAAGCGCAAGACCAAAGCCAGGUCCAAAAAGAAAGCCACUGCCCCUCCCUCUCUCCCACCCAAAGAAGACCCCCUCAACCCCCCAAUAUUCUACCCGGCCACCACAAUCAGACCCCUCAAAACCCACCUCCCCUCAUCACCCAUUAAAAACCCUGAUUAUUAA